UUCUGUCGUUUACCCUUGCUGCUGUCGAUACUGUGUUGUAGCUAAAAAUGACAUCGUUUGUUUUCAGACAUUCUCUCCUUCGCGGCGUUCCAGGGACAUGCAGGUUCAUUAGCGAGUAUCGGGCAACGAGACCGUUGUUUACCCUGUUUUCAGUCAGAAGUUAUGCCACUGGUGAGGACAACAGGGUGCCCAAAAUAUACACCAAAACAGGAGACAAAGGUUUCUCAAGCACAUUUACAGGAGAAAGAAGGCCAAAAGAAGAUCACAUUUUUGAAGCCUUGGGGAAUACAGACGAGCUGUCAUCAGCUAUAGGGCUGGCAAGAGAGUUUUGCCUUGAUAAACGUCAUACAUUCACUCAUCAAUUGGACAAGAUCCAGUGCGUUUUACAAGAUGUGGGCUCCAACAUUGCUACCCCUCGAUCAUCUGCAAGAGAAAGCCAUAUAAAGAGAACAAAAUUUAUUGCACAGCCAAUUGUGGACUUGGAGACCUGGAUUGAUCAGUUUACAGAAGAACUCCCUCCUUUAACCAGCUUCAUUUUACCAUCUGGUGGGAAGAGCAGCGCAGCUUUGCACUUAGCUCGGACAGUCUGUCGGCGAGCAGAGCGCAGCGUUGCUCCAAUUGUGCAAUCAGGUGAGGCAGAUCCAGAUGUUGCCAAGUUCUUGAACAGGUUAAGUGACUACCUGUUCACAGUCGCCAGAUAUGCAUCUAUGAAAGAGGGCAGUGAAGAGAAAAUCUACAAGAGGCCAGAAUGACCAGUCUCACGUGAAGAUUAAAAUAAAAAGCAUUACCUUUUGAGAUGCAUAUACUUUAUUCAAACUAUAAAUACAAUACAUAUAUUUUUAUUUUAAUGCAUUUUCCCCACAUGUAAAAAUCACAGGUCACAAUAAACAGUGUACAUCCAAAA